AUGUCAUUUGCUCAAAUUGUUAUUGGCCCCCCUGGUUCAGGUAAAUCUACGUACUGUGAUGGUUGCUCUCAAUUUUAUGGCGCCAUAGGAAGACACUCUCAAAUUAUUAAUAUGGAUCCAGCGAACGAUGCGUUAUCAUAUCCAUGUUCAGUUGAUAUUAGAGACUUUAUAACGCUAGAGGAAAUCAUGAAUGAACAACAGCUAGGACCUAAUGGUGGUUUGAUGUAUGCUAUGGAAUCCUUAGAUAAAUCUAUUGAUCUUUUCAUUUUACAAAUCAAAUCCUUAGUUCAAGAAGAAAAUGCAUAUUUAGUAUUUGAUUGUCCAGGACAAGUUGAAUUAUUUACACACCAUUCAUCACUUUUCAAGAUUUUUAAAAGGUUAGAGAAAGAAUUAAGUAUGAGGUUCUGUGUAGUUAAUCUUAUCGAUUCCUAUUACAUAACAUCUCCAUCACAAUACAUCUCAAUAGUUUUACUGGCAUUAAGAUCAAUGCUAAUGAUGGAUUUACCACAAAUUAAUGUAUUCUCCAAGAUUGAUAUGAUUAAAUCCUACGGAAAGUUGCCAUUUAGGUUAGAUUAUUAUACAGAAGUUCAAGAUUUAGAUUACUUAUUACCAUAUAUUGAGAAAGAAGGUUCAAGUGUAUUGGGGAAAAAAUAUAGUAAGUUGACGGAGACAAUAAGUGAAUUAGUGACAGACUUCAAUUUGGUCUCUUUUGAAGUCUUAUCGAUCGAUGAUAAAGAGAGUAUGAUCAAUUUGCAGAGUGUUGUGGAUAAGGCAAACGGUUAUAUAUUUGGCUCAUCCGAAGUAGGUGGUGACACAGUCUGGGCGGAAGCAACUAGAGAGGGUGCCAUGCUUCAAAACCGUGAUAUUCAAGAUAGAUGGAUCGACAAUAAGGAAGAAUAUGAUAAACAGGAAGAGCAAAUGCGUCAAGAACAAUUGAAAGAACAGGAAUUACUAGAAAAAGAAGUAAACGUUGACGAAAAUGACGAAUGGGAGAAUGCUUUGAAGGAUUGGGAGGAAAGACAGGGAACAAACUAUGUAAGAUAA